UGGGUAGCACUAUUGUCUUCCAGUUCAGUAUUAAAGUGUUCAUCCAUGUAAUCUUCCAAUUCAUUAGCAAUUUCACUGCUGUUUAAAUUCUCUGUAAAAUUAUCAGAAACUAAUUAGAGAAUUGUUUUAGAAAAUAUAUAAUCUGAUCAAAUUAUACUUGGACGAUUUAAUCAAACAUUUCGAAGCAUACUAUCCAAAAAUACCCAAUAAUAACCUAAAAAAUGAGAAUUUGUAGAAACUUACCAUUCAUGUACAUUACUUCUGUCAUGUAAGGACAAAAAUCUACCGCACUUUCCUUCGAACCCAUUCCAUGUUCAACUGCCAUCUAAUGAAAGAUAUUAAAUAAAAAAUUUAACAAAAUUCAUUUUUAUAACCUUAAAAGAAAUCAUCUCACCUUCAACGCAGUCCAAUUACUGAAAAUUCGUUGUGUAACAGAAAGAAAAAACUCCUUUGUGUUCGACAUUUCUCUGUUUUUCACCGUAAAUCGUUCAGUACGAUUGUUAGCAUCAAUAACAAUCAAACACUCGAUUACUUUACUUCAUGCACAGUAAAUCUAGUACAAUCCAGUAAAUCUGCCCAUCACUGAAUCCACCAUGUGUUUCUCUCACUCUUAGUUACAGUUAAAGCUAGGCUACUAGAUAUGAUCAGACAUGUCAGACGCCUUUGAGGAAAUUCAAGCCAUUAAAAUAAAGAGGAACAGCUUAAGAGAAAAAUUACAGAAAAGGAAACGCGAGAGACAUGAAUUAUUUACUCUUACUUCUACUACACCAGUAUCAUCCACCCUGACAAAUGAAUCAUCCCUUACUGGUGAUUCAAUUGGACAUGCACAACGAGCAGAUCAUAGUGAAUAUGAAAGAGAUGUUUUGUGCAUCUUGCAUGAAUCAUUGCCUAAUUUACCCAUUACAUCUGCAGAGCUGAUAGACCAGCUUCGUAAAAAUCUAAAUGCAGAUGUGUCUUCAACAGAUAUCCAUAAAAUUUUGGAAAAACUGGCAGCUCAAGAUAUUGUUAAAAUCAAGGAGGUAACAGAGAAUGAGGUUUUUGGGUACACAGUGUUAUCCAUAACAGAAUCGCAAUCAUCUUAUCAGUCUCAAUCCGACGAUACAGAAAAUCCAGAGAGUGCAGAAACGUCUGCAUCCGAAUUAAAUGAUUAUGGGCCUGCAGAAAAGCAAUUGAAACUGGAUAAAAAGAAUACAGAGGAUAUAAUGUCUCUAAUUUCAAUGCCCACGAUUAGGGAGAAGGAAAAUAAAAAGGUUGGAGAGCAAAUUUUAGAUUUAUUAUCAAAGCAAACAUCUAAGGAGAAAUCUUUAGCUGAACGGUUUCGAUCCCAAGGAGGAGCUCAGGUCAUGGAAUUCUGUCCUCACGGUACAAGAGUAGAUUGUGUUAAGUUAAAUGGUGGGCUAGGAUUCGCAGAAAAGUGCAAAAAGCUUCACUUCAAAAAAAUCAUUCAAAGUCACACAGAUGAAUCUUUAGGUGACUGCAGUUUCCUCAACACUUGCUUUCACAUGGAUACAUGCAAGUAUGUCCAUUACGAAGUAGACGGACCAACAACUCAACCCAAGGAACCAAAUGAUACAGAUAACACAAACAACGCUACAGUGAAUAAAAUUUUAACGUUAGAUAGUAAAAAUGGUAGUAACGUCGCUUGUCCAACUACCAGUGGGUCCUUAGGCAGCGAAUUAACUCUUUAUCCACCACAAUGGAUACAGUGUGAUUUACGUUAUCUCGACAUGACUGUACUGGGUAAAUUUGCUGUGAUCAUGGCUGAUCCACCAUGGGAUAUUCACAUGGAAUUACCGUAUGGUACCAUGUCGGACGACGAAAUGAGACAGCUAGGUAUACCCGCCCUUCAAGACGAGGGUCUUUUAUUUUUAUGGGUAACAGGAAGAGCAAUGGAGCUUGGCAGAGAAUGUUUGCAGUUAUGGGGGUACGAAAGAGUCGACGAGAUUAUAUGGGUGAAAACAAAUCAAUUGCAGAGGAUAAUAAGAACAGGCAGAACAGGACACUGGUUGAAUCAUGGUAAAGAACACUGUUUAGUUGGAAUGAAAGGAAAUCCAAGAAUCAAUAGAGGACUGGAUAGCGAUGUUAUCGUGGCUGAAGUCCGAGCUACUAGUCAUAAACCUGACGAGAUUUAUGGAAUUAUUGAACGUAUGAGUCCGGGAACAAGAAAAAUUGAAUUAUUCGGGCGACCACAUAAUGUUCAACCUAACUGGAUAACAUUGGGUAAUCAGGUAGACGGUGUUCACUUGAUCGACCCGCAACUCAUAAAAGCUUUUAAAAAACGUUAUCCAGAUGGAAACUCGAUGAAACCAACGAAACCAUAAUAAGUAUUUCAUAAUAUUGUGAAAUAAAGGAUCUGUUAUUUGAUGAUAACAUUACGAAAUAAAGUCGUUUUCCAUAAAAUUCAA